UCGAUUGGUCACCGAAUCCACGAAAAUCUGGGAUUGAGAAGGAUAUUAAAAAAAAAAGUGUUGCGAAUAAUAAUUAUCUUCUCCAAACGUAUGCAUCUUGCGAAACCCUAAAUACCCAAAUGUCAUUCGCCGACGAAUUUGAAUCUAAUCUCGUUUCGUUGGCCCAUGUUUUGCAGAAGAAAUAUGCACUCCUCCGUGAUUUGGAUAAAAGUUUGCAAGAAAAUCAAAGACAGAACGAACAACGGUGUGAAAAGGAGAUAGAGGAUAUAAGAAGAGGAAGAACCGGAAAUGUCACACCCAAUACACACUUCUCAGAGGAAGCAAUUGAUGAACAGAAGCACAGCGUCAGGAUUGCUGAUGAGAAAGUCGCUUUGGCUAUGCAAGCUUAUGAUCUGGUGGAUAUGCAUGUUCAGCAACUUGACCAGUACAUGAAAAAAUCCAAUGAGGAGAUGCGCCGAGAGAAAGAAAAUGCCUCUGCUUCAAACCUCGAGAACAGCGCAGAAGCCGGUAAGGCAGGUGAAGGUAGAAGAGGAGGGCGAAAGAAGACAAGGCUAGCAACUGCAACGUCAACAGCAGCAGUAGCAUCAGCAUCAACUGGUAUGACUUCAACUGGUAUGGAUUUGGAUCUGCCUGUGGAUCCAAACGAACCAACUUACUGCAUCUGCAACCAAGUUAGCUACGGCGAGAUGAUUGCCUGCGAUAACAAUGAGUGUAAGAUUGAGUGGUUCCAUUUUGGUUGCGUGGGGCUGAAAGAUCAACCCAAAGGGAAAUGGUACUGCCCGGAUUGUGCUACAGUCAAGAAGAGCAGGAAAGGCCGAUGAUUCUGAAUCUAGAAAGCUCGUGUGUUUCGUUUAAAACGGUCUAGUAGUUGUAUAUCUACUUCCAUGUAAACCACUGACCAUUGAAUAAUGACCACGGGUUGCUCAUGCUCUAUAUAUAAGACCUUCCAUUCCCAAUAAACAGAUAAAUAGAGUACUAGUUAAGACCAA